CUAGGUGAUGUUGGAAACUACUAUUAUGGGCAAGGACAUCCAAUGAAACCCCACAGGAUCCGGAUGACCCACAACCUACUGCUGAACUAUGGCCUCUACAGGAAGAUGGAGAUAUAUCGCCCUCACAAGGCAAAUGCAGAAGAAAUGACCAAGUACCACAGUGAUGACUACAUAAAAUUUCUGAGAUCUAUUCGCCCAGAUAACAUGUCUGAGUACAGCAAGCAGAUGCAAAGAUUUAAUGUUGGGGAAGACUGCCCUGUGUUUGAUGGGUUGUUUGAGUUUUGUCAGCUCUCUGCUGGAGGCUCAGUUGCCAGUGCUGUGAAGCUGAACAAGCAACAGACAGAUAUUGCUGUGAAUUGGGCAGGAGGCCUUCACCACGCUAAAAAGUCGGAGGCUUCUGGCUUCUGUUAUGUCAACGAUAUCGUCUUAGCUAUCUUGGAGCUCCUAAAGUAUCACCAGAGAGUGCUGUAUAUUGACAUUGAUAUUCACCAUGGAGAUGGCGUGGAGGAAGCCUUUUACACCACAGACCGCGUCAUGACCGUGUCCUUCCAUAAGUACGGAGAAUACUUCCCAGGAACAGGGGAUCUGCGGGAUAUUGGUGCAGGCAAAGGCAAGUACUACGCUGUCAACUAUCCCCUGCGGGACGGAAUUGAUGAUGAGUCCUAUGAAGCAAUAUUCAAGCCGGUGAUAUCUAAAGUGAUGGAGACGUUCCAGCCUAGCGCAGUUGUCUUGCAGUGCGGGUCAGAUUCUCUGUCAGGGGACAGGCUGGGUUGUUUUAAUCUGACCAUCAAAGGUCAUGCCAAGUGUGUGGAGUUUGUAAAAAGUUUUAAUUUGCCUAUGCUGAUGCUGGGAGGAGGUGGCUAUACGAUCCGCAACGUGGCUAGAUGCUGGACAUAUGAGACUGCUGUGGCUUUGGACACUGAAAUUCCCAAUGAGCUUCCAUAUAAUGACUAUUUUGAGUACUUUGGACCAGACUUUAAGCUCCACAUCAGUCCCUCGAACAUGACUAACCAGAAUACCAAUGAGUAUCUUGAGAAGAUCAAGCAACGUCUCUUUGAGAAUCUGCGCAUGCUGCCUCAUGCCCCUGGCGUCCAGAUGCAGCCAAUUCCUGAGGAUGCUGUUCAGGAAGACAGUGGAGAUGAAGAGGAAGAAGAUCCUGAGAAACGCAUUUCAAUCCGCAAUUCCGAUAAAAGAAUAUCCUGUGAUGAAGAAUUCUCUGACUCUGAAGAUGAAGGGGAAGGAGGGCGCAAAAAUGUUGCCAACUUUAAGAAGGCUAAACGUGUGAAAACAGAAGAGGAAAAGGAGGAGGAGGAGAAGAAAGAUGAGAAAGAAGAGGAAAAAGCAAAAGAGGAGAAAGCAGAACCCAAAGGGGUGAAGGAAGAGACAAAAUCCACCUAAGAUGGCUGCAGCUGGACAGUAUGUCAGUGUGUAGUUGUCAUAGGUUAGCUUCUCUGGUUGCCUCCCAUUCCACAGGAUUUAUAUUUUAUAUAUGUUUCUGUAUAUAUUUCUAUAUAAAUAUAUAAAUGACUUGAGAAUUGUAAAUUAUUCCUUGCUGCACUCUGCUGGGAGCAGAUAGGGAGGAUUCUGCAGAGUAGACAGACCUGCACUGCCCAGAUUUGGUGACUGGGAAGUUUCGCUCUUGCCUUCCACUGCCUCCUUAGUAUGUCUUUAAAAAAAUCACUUCCUUUCUUUACUCUGUCCUCUGACAUAACCACCCUUGGAAAAGAAUAAUUUAAGUAGAAGUAGUAUUUGCAUUUCAGGUUAGGUGGAAAGAUGGCCAUGAAAAUUUUUUUUUCUCUUUUUUUUUUUUAAUUAUUAUUGUGGGAGAACAUGAGUUCCCAAAUGAAGCCUGUGAGAGACUGACUAUUCCUUUGGUCUUCAGUUUGAUUCCACCGUGGCAAGUAACUGCAAGCUGGUGCCGCUUCUCAGGGUCAAAUAGUGCAGUUCUUGAAUAGAGUUGGCUACCUCCCUGCAGCAAACUUGUGGAAAGAGAUGAAGCAGCUCAAAAGCGAUCUGAAAAGCGCUUUAGUGAAUCAGCCCAAGAGCCCUGCAGGUGCAGAUCUGGAAAAUGCAAAAUGAAAAUCACCCUAAUGUGGUGGUUAACAUUUUCCAAGAUCU